CCAUUGCAUCGAUCCUUCUCCUACUCACCCACUUAUAAAUAUCACGUCAACUUGUUUCUCUCUCCCAAAAAACUAAGAGGCUAAAACUCUCUCUUCAACCGAAUUCAAUUCUCCAAGCAAGAAAUAUGAGUUACUACAAUCAGAAUCAACCCCCUGUUGGUGUUCCUCCUCCUCAAGGUUAUCCACCGGAAGGUUAUCCUAAGGACGCUUAUCCGCCUGCUGGAUACCCGCCGCAGCAAGGCUACCCGCCCCAGGGCUAUCCUCCGCAAUACGCACCCCAAUACGCUGCUCCGCCGCCUCAACAGCAAUCCAGCGGUGGUACCGGAUUCAUGGAAGGAUGUUUGGCCGCUUUGUGCUGCUGUUGUCUUCUUGAUGCAUGCUUUUGAUGAGGAAGGACUUGUGAAGAAGAGGGAUUCGUUUUUCAUUAAACGGAUGGCUGAAUUUUAUUUCAACUAUAAGAAUGUAAAGUAGUGUUAGUUCUUAUUUUCUGUGUUUUGAUUGCCCUUUAAAUUAAUAUGGACCUACUUGGAUUUGUACUUCGGAUUUCUACAAUGCAAACAUGUUUUCCAUUUAGAACGA